CCAAACACUACCAGUCUUGAAACUAUAUAUUCAUAUAGUGGGAAAUAUAUAUAGCCAUAUUAUUUCCUAUAUAAUAUUGAACAAAAUGGAAGUAGUUAGUGAAGGUGGUGUGAAGAUGAUGAGAUCAAAGGCAGAGAUAGACACAAGUGCACCUUUUCGUUCAGUGAAGGAAGCUGUCACGUUAUUUGGCGAAAGACUUCUUGCCGGAGAACUCUAUUCUCCUAAUAAGCUCAAACAGAUGCAAGAUGGAGAGAGUGAAAGUGACAACGUCCCUUCUAAGCUAGGAAUUGUAACUGCUGAACUAGAGGAGACAAAGCAAAGGCUACAAAAAGCACGAGAAGAAAGCUUGUUCAUGGCGACUUGUCUCUCUUCUUUAGAAGAAGAGCUUGAACGCACAAGGAAAGAGCUCGAAAACCUAAAGGAAAUUGGGCAACAAUCUGAGAAAUUACAAUCAGAGAUUGAAGAUCUCAAGUUUGUUGAGGACAUGACAACGAAACUAGAUAUUAAUAUGGCAUCCGAAAACGUUGAGUUUCAAAAGAAAAGAUAUGUGACUUUUGAAAAUCCUCCUAUUUUAAGCCAUGUUGUUAAUAUUCCAAAAUUAGGUGAUGAUCAUGUUAUAUUGCAGAGGCAUCCCUCCCUCAAGAAGAAGAAAACGAAACCCCUUAUCCCACUUAUUGGGGCUAUCUUUUCAAGGAAGAAAGGUGGCACUGAUGUUCAAUAAGCUAGAGCAUGAAUAAGCAAGUCUUGAUUAGGAAUUUAAUGCAUGUCACCUAUUCAAUAAUUUCCUAUAAUUUUGCUCAGUGGUGAAAUGAGUCGAACUAGUGAAGGCAAAGAUGUUUCUUGGCAGAAAUCUCUCAAUUUAAUAAGGCUACACUGUCACUUGAGUGAUAGUAGUACUUACUAUCCUUGUACGUAGUUCCUUAAUUUUGCUUCUAUAUUGUAACGUAAAAAUUAGUUUACCAGCUUCAAUAAGUUUUUUUUUUUUUCUUUCUGUUUACCA